GGUUGUUGCGGCUGUGCGCGUUUGAGAAGCGAAAGUGUGUACCGUUUCACUUAUGUCAUGUGCUCGCCACAUCUAACCUAAAUGAGAGAUGUCUUCGACCAAGUACGCUAAGCUCGAGCAAGACUACCAGAAGCUCGUCAGCGAGAGUCUGGCACAGCUGCUGUGUGACUUGAAGGAGCAGAACCGACGUCUGCAGGCGGAGAACGAGUCGCUCGGCCAGAAACUCCGUGAGGCUCUUGAAGAUGCCAAGCUUCUUCGAGAGCAGGUGCAGGAGCAGGGAUGCAGUCGCCGUCUGUCUGACCCAUGCGCUCAGUGCUCUGCCAAGCAGGACCGCCAGGAGCUGGUGCGACAACUCGAAGUGCUGCAGUCAAGGUGCUCGAUGUUGGAGUGUGACCUGCAGGCCGUGAUAGACGAGAAAGAGGAACUGGUGCGGACGGGCGACGCGUACAGGCAGAAGGUGGAUCGACUCAACCUGCAGCUCAAUCAGGCACUGCGCGGAGGUGCUGACUACGUACCACUCGACGUUGAUGCCUUACUCAUGGAGAACAGGUACAUGCACGAGCGACUGCAGCUUGCCCAGGAGGAGAAGUCCUUGCUCACAGCAUCACUGAACAAAUUCAAGAGCUUGGUGGAGAAGAAUCGUGGUCGCGCCAGCACAGCAGCCCUGGCCGGGGUUUCGAGCAAACAGAUGCAGCAGCUGCUUCAGGACAGCUCGCUGGACCUCAGCACAGCGGGGGCCGACCUGCGUAACCUGGUGGCCCUUCUGCUAGAGGCUGUCAACGACCGAACCCUGGCACUCAACCACCAACGAAAGGCCAACAAAGUUCUGGGCAAACGGGUGACAGAGCUGGAGAACAGGCUCAAGUGUGAUGGCACCUGGAGGGUCAACAUGCCUCUCUCGAGCACAGAUCCAGCAAAACUGGGCAGCAGGAGCAGAGGUGGCAGUUUUGAAGAUGGCAAUUCAUUGUGCAUUGGCGCUCUAGAAUUAUCCACCUCCAAGCCAAUGCCAGACAAAGAUGUUCCACGUUCGGUGAUCUCGAGGGAAAACUCGCGAGACGAGGAAGAGGACUGCAUAGCGGGCGAGGAGGACCUUCCGCCCGAGCUGCAGAGGCUCCUGUCGGCCGCCAUGAAGGAGCUCAAAUCACCCCAGCACCGAGCAGCUCCACCUGCCCUCAAAGAAGUGGCCGACCUCGCCUGCUGACACGAGGCGUCACCUGGCAGUGGCAUUGGUAGCAAGAUCCAUCGCCAGUCCAGUGCGUAAAUUGCCAUCGUAGGACCUGCAAGGCUUGUGGCCGUGGCUUGCUAAAAGAAAACGCACAUGAGUCACGAAGCACAUAUUUUGUUCAUCAGUGAGUGCCAAUGCCUUGGGACAUGCUCAGCGUGUGUUGUUUGUGAAACAAGAUCUUGGAAGGGAUGCUUUUCACGUUUCGGUGCCACCAUAUAUACACCUUUCUACUGGCGCCUCAGAACAUAUCUUCUCACGACUGUAGCACAUGUGCAGAAAGUGUACAGUUUUCAUGGAAUGAAACGGGACAUCAAAAUGUCAAGCAUGCUAAUAGUGUGCACAAUCGCUUGAGAUAACCACGUCACAUCACUGCGAAUGUGGCCUCUAAGAUGGCUUUAGAUCUAGUGUAUAUGUAUGAGCCAAUAUGACGGCGGUGUGAAUCAACCUCAAUAUGGGGGAAGAAAAGUAUGUGGAUUACUUAGUCCUAGAUCGCUAUGUUUAACUUCAUGAUUUCUGUUGUAGGUCGUUGCUGUUCCUAGUUCUUUCACGAAGGUGCUCACAUGGGCUCGCAAUAAGCAAUCUCAAUGCAUCAUUGUGAUGGACAGCUGGCUAUCAUCCAACAAAUGUCAGGAAGGCGGGGUUGUUGGGAGUGUUGCACAAAGCCAUCAAUGACAGCAACUUCAUUCACAGCAUAGAAAAUACAUAGCACACAGAGCAGAGGCCCAGCACAUUGGUUGGUCAGCAUACAUCUAUUUCUUUUUAACUGAUUGCAAGGCUGAAAAAGUAUAUAUGUUUGAUCUAAACUAAUUCACUGUUUACCUUUGUUGUCCUCCCAACCACAUAAAAAUAAUAGGAAAUACUGUUAGUUUGUUUAGAUGGACACUCUGUUGACUUGUACUGAAGUUCUUCAUUUCUACAAGAUGAGUGCCUCACUGCAUGGUGUGCAAUAUGGUCUAGUCGCAGCUCCUUAUAAAGUCAGCCCCACACAUUGACUAAAUGGGGGUGGGGGAGGUGCAAUUACCCACCCUUUCUUGAAGGAGAAACCUGCGCAUGCCUAUGGCUCUUGGCGCUUUCGUUAAAGGCAACUUCCUUCGUGUUAGUAGAUGUGUUAUAUUUCUCAGGUGAGAUCUUGUGGCUGGCAACUCUUUGAAGCUUUUAGACUCCCUGCAAAUGUCCUGCAGGACUCCCUGCGGGACAUUUGCAGGGAUAGAUUUCCCACACAUAUCAAAACACUUAACAAUGACACCACAUUACUAGGCAUUCAAUUGUUCAAUGUCAUUCGAUUAUUCGAUGUGAGUUGUGUAGCAUUUUGGUCUAUUGGUAGCAGCCUCAUUUACCAUGUUAAUGUAGUUGGUCUGUAAGAUUAUUGAUUGAUUGAUUGAUUGACCGGCCUUGACAUUACAAGGCUGCUCAAGGGCUGCAAGAAGUUAAAUAAUGGAGGGCCCCAGAUGAAAUUUGGUCAUACGGGUUCUUUGACAAGCAUUUAAAUUUUAGGUAUGGGACAGUUUGUCUCUUACAUUCUUACCAAAAAGUCACUACCAAGUCUGGAAAAUGAAGCAGUGAGCUGUUUCACUUAACGAAGCAUUGUGGCUUCACUUGAUAAAAGACAUCUGGAAAACAAACUAUGGCUCGUGCAUGCAGUUGUUCUUGUUGUUCAGCUAAAUGAAAUCACUUUGAAAAGCCAAACCACGUCUAGACCAUAGUCAGAUACAAUGUAAGGAACAGGCCCCGCCCACACAAUCAAAGUGCAACCUUCCAUUUAUUCCAUGACAAAAGAAAUGGUAGUUCUUCUCAUGAGCUUUGUGGUGGGAUCACCAGUCUUUGGGCUCAUAAUGGUUGUCUAGAGCUCAUGCUCAUUGGCACGAACUCUUGCUUAUCUGCCUUUGAGAGGGGAAAUGUCAUGAACUUCCAAAGCUGUGACCAAUUUUAGUGUUUUUCUAUUUCCCUCUAUAUUACUUUCAGAAAUCUCAUGCUUAUGAAAAAACACUUGGACUGGCUAUGGCUUCGAUAGUCUCCUCUACUACCAUAGCCAUUUGAAGACACCAGUGCUUUCAGUCAAAUAGACUUCAUUUAUGAUGCGUCACUAUUUGAGAUGGGUGUCUGUUUGCUUCAAGAGCUGCAAGGAGAAGCACUGCUUGAAAAUGAAGUGUGAUGUGCAAUGAACUGAACUGAACUUGCAGUGGCAGGGCUGCAAUUAAAAUCGCAUCAAAUCUUGAGGGCCAAACUCUGAAUGUUCAUCUCCCCGAUUCAUUAUAGUAUAUUCAUUGUUUGUCUUUUCCUGGUUUGAUGACUGCAGCAAGAAUCAAGUUGACACACAGUGUUGGUGUGUCUAGGAAACUGCCCUGAUUAGAAUUCUGCUGGAUUACUAGCAUUACAUUUUGUACCUGUACAAGAAAAGCAUUACAUCGAGUUGCUUGUUCACUGUUUACUCUUUUGAUAUGUUCAGAGACUGACAUCAGACUAUUCUGUAGUCAGUUACAGCCAAUUCAAUUGUAUUGGGACCAAAUAUAUAUGAGUUAUGAAAGACGCAAGUCACCAACAUUGCUUUGUUUAAUUACCAUUUUCACUUGUGUGAAGUCAGAAGCAUUUUUUGCAUGUCUUUUUACAAGGUGCAUGCCUUGUACAAGGCAUGCUGACUAUUAUACUUGCUGAAGCAGCAAACUGUGCUCAGAGUACCGUACAAAGAAGCUCACCGACUGCUAGCUUGCUGUGAAGCCAUUCGUUCACUUAUUGUUUCCUCUUACUCUGCACUCUAUAUGUGCCUCAAUGAUGCCCCAAUUAAACCGACUGACACACCUUUCACUCAUGUCCAACUCACAGAAUGUUGUUCUGCUUGUGUAGUUGCCCAGAGCACAGCCAGCUGCUACAUAACAAAGUUCACAGCACUGUGCUAUCAGUUGUGUCCUUGGUAUUAUCAACUCAACAUACCAAUGGGCACAAAACAGUGCAACGCAGAACAGCCAACAUCAUAGAAGUGUGCAGGAUUUAUGCAGCAUGACCCUGUGCCAUCUAGUAGCACCUUAUGCAAAAUUAGCCAGCACCAAGGCACAUGCGAGAUGCUUAACGAAGCUUUUUCACACUGCUAAGCAGAGUAGUGGUGCUUACAGAAGUAAAUUCAGUAAAAUGUGUGGCACAUGAUAAGUGAAUGUUACAAGCUAAACGUUGAUACUCUAUGUUAACUUGUCUUACAUUAAUUGGCUUUCAUGCCACAAUGGUGUGUUGGUAAAAGUGUUUCUACAGGAUGUGUAAGGUGCAACAAUAACCAAUAACAAUGAAGCUUUCUCAGGAUAAAGCAUGUGCAGUCAACUAUAAAUAAUUGUGACAGCAUCCGGUCUAAAAGCUAGAAGCAUGUUACAGUUAGACCUCU